GGGAAAGAACCUGAGAAGAUGUGGGGCUGGCUGAACUCGACUCUCCCUUUCCAGAGGAAGUUACAGACACCAGGAUUGCUUGCUUCUGACACAGUCAUCACGACCAUGAGACACUGUUGGACAACAGACCCUAGUUCUUGGUGGGUCCUGCUUCUCUGUGUCCAUGUCGUCAUUCUGGCCAGAGGCACGUGUGCACCUCAGACAAAGGACCCGUGCUCUUCCUGGUCUCCAGCAGGCCCACCUCAGCGGUACCCAGCACUGCACGUGAUCUGGCCAGAGGAAGAAGUGCCACUGAAUGGAACGCUGACCUUGUCCUGUGCUGCCUGCAGCCGCUUCCCCUACUUGAGCAUCCUCUACUGGCUGGGCAAUGGUUCCUUCAUUGAGCACCUCCCAGGCCGGCUGAGGGAGGGUCACACAAGUCGGGAACACAGGAACACCAGCACUUGGUUACAGAGAGCUUUGGUGCUAGAGGAACUGAGCCCCAGCCUACGAAGCACCAACUUCUCCUGUCUGUUUGUGGACCCUGGACAGGUGACCCAGUAUCACAUCGUUCUGGCCCAGCUCUGGGAUGGGGUGAAAACAGUCCCGACCCCUUCUCAAGAAAUCCUCUCCAGCCACAGCCCAGGACCCACGUCAGCAGGGCCAGGGCUCAGCAUGCAGCCAGCCGCAGCAUGGCCUUGACUGGAGCCUGGCUCUUAUCCACCUGGAGGGUGAAGGCUCCACCGUAGGCUCUGCUUGCCCCCAUGCAGCUGAACCUCAAACUCAAGCUCCAUUUCUACCUAGAAUAUCAUAGUAAUUAAAUUAAAA